ACAAAAGAGAUGGAGAAAACAUCUUCGCCGGAAUCUUCCGCCAAAUCACCGUCAACCACCGUCACCGGAGAAUUAGAGCAUUCUUUGUUCGACGAUGGUUGCAUUCUCGACAUGGAUUACUUCGUUAAAACCAUCGCCGGAAUUAAAGCCAAAGGUGUCCGUCCCGAUCUCAUCGGCUCCAUCAUCGCUCACUAUGCCUCCACGUGGCUCCCGGAGCUCUCAAACACCGUCAUUAACCCCAACGAUCCUAAUCAGCAACAACAAUCGGAGAGCUUCUCCGUAACGGCGUUCGUGAUGAAAAAACGUUUCUUCGUGGAAACUCUAAUCGGAAUCAUCCCGCCGGAGAAAGACUCUGUUCCUUGUAAUUUCCUCCUCCGUCUCCUCCGAACAGCGAACAUGGUCGGAGCAGACUCAAGUUACAAGGCGGAGCUCGAGGCGAGGAUAUCGUGGCAGCUCGACCAAGCUUCCCUCAAGGAGCUAAUGAUACCUUCGUUUAGUCACACGUGCGAGACAUUGCUCGAUGUUGAGCUCGUGACUCGACUGGUUAAGAAAUUCGCCGGUUUAGACAACGAAGGAAUCAAAUCUGGUGCUUCUCUUGUUAAAGUGGCGAAGCUCGUCGACUCUUACUUAGCUGAAGUCGCCGUUGACGGUGAUUUAAGUAUCCCGGAGUUUAUUUCCCUCGCCGAAGCUCUCCCUAACCAUGCUCGUGUCACUGAAGAUGGCUUAUACCGUGCAAUUGACACUUAUCUCAAGGCACAUCCUAAAAUGGAUAAGCAAGAAAGGAAGAGACUUUGUGGACUAAUAGAUAGCAAGAAGCUAUCAAUGGAGGCAUCUUGUCACGCUGCACAGAACGAUCGUUUACCGGUUAGAACUAUUAUUCAAGUUCUGUUCACUGAACAGGCGAAGCUGAGUCGUAGCCAUCACAGCAACAUUGAUUGGAGUGGCUCAUCGUUCAGUCCAAACCCUUCUAGUUCACACUACUCAGAGUCAGGUCCAGCUCGGUGUAUGUCCAAACGAGAGAUGAAUGUUCAGCAGAUGGAGAUAAAGAGAUUGAGAGAGGAUAUGGCGAAGCUGAAGAGCGAAUGUGAAGCGAUGCAAACGCAGUUGGAGAAGAUGGUUGAGAAGAAAUGUAGUAGUAGUAGUGGGAGUAAAGGGUUUUUUAGGUGGAAGAGAUUGGGAUUUAGCAGUGGUGUUAGUGUUAGCGUUUUGGACAAGACGAACGGUGAAGAGUUUGGUAAUAAUGGAGAAGAGUUUGAGUAUGCGAAUCAGACUCCUGGUAAUAUGAAGACAAAGCUUGUCAAAGGAAGAACUCCUUCUAGGUGGAGAAAAUCAACGUCUUGAAAAACAGAGUUUUAUCGUCUUUUGUUAGUUUCUGUUUAAGUUGUUUUGCAUUUUUUCUUCAGUCCUUGUUUCUGAAUCUAGCACUUGUACAUUUUGUAUGCUCAUAACUCAUAAGUCAUAUCGAUGGCUUGUGGGUCAAGCUUCUAAAUGGUUUUAUCAAUCUUUUUUUCUU